UGUUUGUGCUUUUGUGUCACAGAGCUCUGAGAGAUGGCUUUCUGGGUGAUGGUCCUAUGUGCCGUCCUGGCAUGCAUAUUGGGGGGGCUCUAUCUGGUGGGGGCGUUGCGCCAGAGGAGAGCCCAAGAGCCCCCUUUAGAUAAAGGCCUCAUUCCGUGGCUAGGACAUGCACUGCACUACCGAAAGGACGGCGUUGCCUUCUUGCAAAGGAUGCAGAAGAAGCAUGGGGACAUCUUCACGGUACUGCUUGGGGGAUACUAUUUCACCUUUGUGAUGGACCCCCUCUCCUAUGGAGCUAUUAUGAAGGAAGCAGGAACCAAACUGGAUUUCACUUUAUAUGUAACACAAAUUGUGGAGCAAGUGUUUGGGUUUCAGCAUUCAGAAAUGACUCAUAAGGUACUAGAGGCAGUCAACUCAAAGCACCUCAGGGGCGAUGGGCUCAUGGUGAUGACCCAAGCCAUGAUGGACAGCUUGCAUAGAGUGAUGCGCCAUAGCCUGAGUUCAGCAGGAGGGCAGAAUUCCUGGAAACAGGAGGGAUUAUUCCACUUCAGCUACAACAUGGUCUUUAGGGCCGGAUAUCUUGCUGUGUUUGGAAAUACAACCAGCAAAGGUGAAAAGAACAAAGAAGAUGCUGAGAGGAGUGGCUUAGCUGACUCUGAAGAUUUAUUUGCAGAGUUUUGCAAAUUUGAUAAUUUUUUCCCGGGAUUAGCUUCUUCUAUGCUGUCUCCCAGAGAUAAAAUGGAAGCAGAGUCUCUGAAGAGACACUUCUGGAACAUCACGUCUGUAAAGGAAGUAUAUAAGAAGGAAAAUGUCAGUGGCUGGAUAACUGACCCAAAACAUCUGGAUGAGGCUGGGAUGCCUGAAUACAUGCAGGGGCGGUUUCUUUUCACGUUGCUCUGGGCUCUUCAAGCUAAUUCUGGACCAGCUUCCUUCUGGCUUCUUGCCUACCUGAUGAAAAAUCCCAAGGCGAUGGAUGAGGUGAGGAAGGAAGUGGACAGAGUGGUGGGAGAAUCUGGCCAGGAAGUGAGGGCAGGGGGUGCAGUGCUUAAUAUCACCAAGGAGAUGUUAGACAAGACCCCCAUCUUGGACAGUGCUGUGGAAGAGACUUUGAGACUGGCCACAACACCACUGGUGAUCAGGGUUGUGAUGGUGGAUCUAGAAAUCCAGAUGAACGAUGGGAGAAAAUAUCUUCUGCACAAAGGAGACAGAGUUGCAAUUUUCCCCUUUGUAGCAGCACAUGUGGAUCCAGAAAUCCACCCAGAUCCCCAUGUUUUCAAAUAUGACCGGUUCCUCAGCCUAGACGGCACAAAAAAGAAAUUCUAUAAGAAUGGGGAAAAGGUGAAAUAUUUCUCCAUGCCUUGGGGUGCAGGGGCCAUGUGCCCUGGGCGUUUCUUUGCUACCAAUGAGCUAAAACUCUUUGCCUUCCUGAUGCUGACAUACUUUGAUAUGCAGCUGGUUAACGUGGAGGAGGAAAUCCCUCCCGUAAUCAAGAACCGCUGUGGGUUUGGUGUAAUGCAGCCCACACACGAUGUUCAGUUCAGGUACCGACUUCGCCACUGAAGGUAGGAGGCAGAGGAAGCAACCUGCUAUCACGUGCCUGUCAAUCUUCAGGCUAAA